UAGAUCACUUCCAUAUUCAUUUUCAUCAUCAAACACUGCAAUUCAUUGUCCACCAAAGAUUUAAGCUUUCUACACAUCUUAUUCUCUUCCAUUCAAUCUCUCUAUAUUUUCUAAGUUAAUACCAUGAUCAGUUCCAAGAAGCUCAUCAAGCUUGUAAGAAGAUGGCAGAAAUUUGCUGCUAUCCGAAGAAAAAGGAUUUCAUUCCCGAGAGAAAAUGAUGAUGCAGACAGCUGUAGUACUUCCUCUGCAGUUAACAAGGGUCAUUUUGCUAUCUACACAGCUGAUCAGAAGCGGUUUGUAGUCCCUCUAUCUUAUCUUGAGAACGAGAUUAUUAGGCAACUCUUAAAUUUGUCUGAAGAAGAAUUUGGACUUCCAAGUGAUGGGCCUAUUACACUACCAUGUGAUGCAGUCUUCAUGGACUACAUCAUUUCACUUCUUAGCCGAGGUUUAUCCAGAGAACUUGAGAAUGCAUUGCUCGUCUCUGUUGCAUCAUAUCAGUGUUCAUCCGCUUCACUGCACCAGGAAGGCUUGAGAAAUCAGGAAUUGCUAGUUUGCUGACAAUAUUGAUUAUUUUUUGUAUAGUUCAGAAUUCAAAUGUAAAUCAAACCAUAGAUUUCAAAUUUCAAGAAAUUUUAUACCAUAUUGCCUACCUCCCCAUCCUGUACUCAAUUUUAUUUUCACAUAACUGACUUAGAUGAUCAACACGUAGUGAUUCUUCAUUCUGCUUCA